GCCGCUGCCCGCGCCCCGGGGGAAGAUGCUCCUGGACGCCGGACCGCAGUACCCGGCCAUCGGCGUGACGACCUUCGGCUCCUCUCGCCACCACGCCACGGGCGAUGUGACGGAGCGCGAAGUGGGGCUGGGCAUCAACCCCUUCGCCGACGCCGGCAUGGGCGCCUUCAAGCUGAACCCCAGCAGCCACGAGCUGGCCUCGGCCGGCCAGACCGCCUUCACCUCGCAGGCGCCCGGCUACGCGGCCGCGGCGGCGCUGGGGCACCACCACCACCACCCGGGCCACGUCGGCUCCUACUCCAGCGCGGCCGCCUUCAACUCCACGCGGGACUUCCUCUUCCGCAACCGGGGCUUCGGCGAGGCGGCGGCGGCGGCCAGCGCCCAGCACAGCCUCUUCGCCUCGGCGGCCGGCAGCUUCGGCGGGCCGCACGGGCACGGCGAGGCGGCGGGCCACCUCCUCUUCCCGGGCCUCCACGAGCAAGCCAGCAGCCACGCGUCGCCCAACGUGGUCAACGGGCAGAUGCGCCUGGGCUUCUCGGGCGACAUGUACGGGCGGCCGGAGCAGUACGGCCAGGUGACGAGCCCGCGCUCCGAGCACUACGCGUCGCCCCAGCUGCACGGCUACGGCCACAUGAAUAUGAACAUGGCAGCCCACCACGGGGCGGGGGCCUUCUUCCGCUACAUGCGGCAGCCCAUCAAGCAGGAGCUCAUCUGCAAGUGGAUCGAGCCCGAGCAGCUGGCGAACCCCAAAAAGUCCUGCAACAAAACUUUCAGCACCAUGCACGAGCUGGUGACUCACGUCACCGUGGAGCACGUUGGGGGCCCCGAGCAGUCCAACCACAUCUGCUUCUGGGAAGAGUGUCCCAGAGAAGGGAAGCCUUUCAAGGCCAAAUAUAAACUGGUCAACCACAUCCGAGUCCACACGGGCGAGAAACCGUUCCCUUGCCCUUUCCCGGGAUGCGGGAAAGUCUUUGCUCGGUCGGAAAAUCUCAAAAUCCACAAAAGGACGCACACAGGUGAAAAACCCUUUAAGUGUGAAUUCGAGGGUUGCGACAGGCGCUUCGCCAACAGCAGUGACCGCAAAAAGCACAUGCACGUCCACACUUCAGACAAACCUUAUCUUUGCAAAAUGUGCGAUAAGUCUUACACCCACCCGAGCUCGCUCCGAAAACACAUGAAGGUCCACGAAUCCUCCUCCCAGGGGUCUCAGCCUUCUCCCGCUGCCAGUUCGGGCUAUGAAUCUUCAACUCCCCCAACAAUCGUUUCUCCAUCCACAGAAAACCAGACCACGAGCUCCUUAUCCCCUUCAUCUUCAGCAGUCCAUCACACGUCCAGCCACAGCACGCUCACAUCAAAUUUUAACGAAUGGUACGUUUAAACAAACAAACGAACAAACUACAAAUCCAACCUAUUUAAAAGACUCCCAAAAAUUAAUGAACACUUUGAAAUUGAUUUUUGUGUGUGUGUUUUGUUCGGGUUUUUUUUAAAAAAAAUGCUGCCCAUAGACCCAGGACUGAAUCAAAUCAAGUAUUCUCUCUCUCUCUCUCUCUCUCUCUCUCUCUCUCUCUCUCUCUCUCUCUCUCUCCAUUUCUGUUGUUUUGCUCUGGUUUUGUCAUGUUUGGGGCAAAGCCUUGGAAAGCAAAGGGGUUCGUAGCGUGCUUGAGAAAAGCAGGGUUACCCUGGGCCAUCUUGCCAGUGUGCAGGGCUUUUAGAUGGAACCACUGUCUGGAGUUCUCAAACUGCAUGUCUCUUUGGGCAGAGGCCUUGUUGUUUUCUGUAAAUACAGAAAUACUAGCUUACAAUGUACUGUUUGAUUUUGUAAAUAGUUAUACCACAAGUUGAAUAAGGGGAUAUGUGGAAUUGUGGUCUUUGCAUAUAUGUGGGGGGGAAUAGGGGAGGGGGAGGGGAAUAGGGAGGAGGUUGAAGGGGGGGAAGGAGGGUGGAGGUAGCAAAUCAACUAUUUGUACUGAAUGGCAAGGAUGUUCUAGUAAAUGUGUACCAAAAUGUGAAUUACUUUGUAUUAUUACAGUCUAAACGUCGACCUAACAGAAUAUUAUUGGUAUUAAUGUACUUUUUAUUUUGUAUAAAGUGCAAACAUUUCGUCCCAAAGUCCAGUCUAAGUAGUGCAGUAAAAUGUUGUUACACGUCCUGUCAAGAAAUUCGUAUAGUGCAAGCCUGGAUCUGCGUGUCAAACUGUUACAUUUGUUUAUGUAAAGUGAUAUUAAAAAAAGCUAUAAACUAUAACCUGUCCGUUGCUUUUGGCAAAUACAACCACAUACUGUAUAUAUUUCCUAAUUUCCAUAUUUAUCCGCAUGUAAAGGUCCGGUUAUACAUGUUACAGAUAUUCAAUAUUUAUGGCUAGAAAAAUUGGUAUGUACAAUUUAGUUUACAGAACUGUUUGGUAACAUUUCGUACAUUAUUAAAGAUUCUGAAAUCCCAUAAUCCGUGGUAGGAAUCCUUAUUGACUUAGCCUGCUGCUGCAAUUUAGCUAGUUUUUAGGACAUUAAACUCUAGACUGGAUGAAGGACCUUCUCCUCCCCCAUUUCUUGUCCCCACUGUUCUU